GAAUAUCCUUGAAGCUACAACAACUGUUGUGGUAAUUGGUAGAGUGUGAAGAACUUCCUGAUAUUUAGAACUCAUUUUUGUAAGACCUAUUACAUCAAAAUGUUAUCUUUUGCCACAACCAUGUCUACUUUCUCCAUUACCAUUAACACACUAUACAAAUUCAACCAUAGACAUAGACAUAGACAUAGACAUGGACGAACCGUGGCAGCUUCUAUUCACCACGACAGCCUCAGAGUGCUCGAAUGGGACAAGCUUUGCGACUUGGUCGCUUCCUUUGCCACCACUUCCUUGGGCCGUCAAGCCCUCAAGGACCAGUUAUGGUCUCUGAAUCAAACUUACGAGGAAAGUCUCAAACUUCUCAAUGAAACCAAUGCUGCUGUCGAAAUGCACAAGCAUGGCACUUGCAGAUUGUACUUUGGCCACGUUGAUGCUAUGCUAGUGCAAACUGCCAUUCAACAUGUCCGGAGAACUGUACAGGUGACUAGCUAUGAAGCAAGGGCCAUUGCGACUCUUCUGCAGUGUGCUGAGACCUUGCAAGUUGAUCUUAAAGCUUCAAUUAAGGAAGAUAGUCAUUGGCAUAAACGGUUCAUGCCUCUUACAGAAGUGAUAAUGGAAUUUGUCAUCAAUCGAUCUUUAGUUAAAAUGAUAGAACAGGUUAUUGAUGAAGAUGGCUCUAUUAAGGACUCUGCGAGUCCAGCCCUUAAACAGGCACGUCAACAAGUGCAAGUGGUUGAGAGAAAGGUACAACAAUUAAUGGAGAGCUUAAUCAGGAAUGAAAAGAGUGAAACAUCAAUUCUCGAAGUGAACAAUGUUGAUGGCAGGUGGUGUAUAAGAGUGGAUUCUGGACAGAAGACAAGUUUUAAGGGUCUAUUGUUGUCCAGUGGUUCAGGACUUGGAAGUACUAUAGAGCCACUUUCUGCUGUUCCCUUAAAUGAUGAGUUGCAGCGAGCAAGAACUUCGGUAGCAAAGGCUGAGGCAGAUGUACUUUUGACAUUGACCAAAAAGAUGCUGGUAGACAUUGAUGAUAUUGAAAAGAUACUGAACAGUUUGGUUCAACUGGAUGUGAUUAAUGCCCGUGCUACGUAUGGUCUUUCAUUUGGAGGGUCAAGUCCUCAUAUAUUUCUGCCAGAUAGGAAUAGCUCUUCUACUGCUGAUUCCUUCUUAACAAGGAAUGACAAUUCCUAUGGACCGUUACCCAACAGAAGGGAAUGGACGUUGUAUCUGUCGAAAGCUUAUCAUCCGUUACUGCUCCAGAGGCAUAAGGAGCAUUUGCCGAAGGCCAAAAAGAAUGUCAAUCUUGCUACUUCAGUUGCUGCACUGGACAAUGCCCAGCCAGUACCAGUUGAUUUUUUGGUAUCUCAGAAAACUCGUGUUGUAGUUAUAACUGGCCCUAAUACUGGCGGUAAAACCAUAUGUUUGAAGACUGUAGGAUUGGCUGCUAUGAUGGCAAAAUCAGGUCUCUAUGUUCUUGCUUCUGAAUCUGUGCAAAUUCCUUGGUUUGAUUCGGUUUUUGCUGACAUUGGUGAUGAGCAGUCCUUAUCACAGUCUUUGUCUACGUUCUCUGGCCACUUGAAACAGAUAAAUAAUAUUAAAUUACAGUCAACAAGCCAGUCACUGGUGCUACUAGAUGAGGUUGGUGCAGGAACAAACCCCCUUGAAGGAGCAGCACUGGGAAUGUCAUUAUUGGAAUCUUUUGCUCAAGAUGGUUGUUUGCUGACUAUAGCUACAACUCAUCACGGUGAACUGAAAACCCUGAAAUACAGUAACGAGGCCUUUGAAAAUGCAUGUAUGGAGUUUGAUGAAGUGAAUUUGAAGCCAACUUACAAGGUUCUUUGGGGUGUACCUGGGCGCUCAAAUGCAAUCAAUAUAGCUGAGAGGUUGGGACUACCAUCUGUUGUUGUGGAUGCUGCUCGUAAGUUAUAUGGUUCUGCUAGUGCAGAGAUAGAUGAGGUAAUAACUGAUAUGGAAAAGUUAAAACAAGAUUACCAAGGGCUAUUGGAUGAAGCGCAUCAUCAUCUGAAGCACUCCAAAGAACUUUACAGUAAUCUAUUGGUCACCAGAAGGAAGAUCAAGGAACAUAGUACUAAUCUUAGAUAUAAAAAGAUGAGAGAUGUAUCUGAGGCUGCAGCAAUGGCAAGAUCCAUCCUUCACAAGAAAGUGAGGGAGCUGGAUGCAUCAGCUAAGCAGCCUCAACAGCACAAUAAAGCCAUUAAGAGUUCUCAUUCAUCAGCAACCAACAACAGCCAUACUGCAGCAGAAAACAAAGAACCUACAAUUGCAGAUAGAAGUGCAUCUGCUGUAAAACUUAACCAAUCAUCAUCAGAUAGGUCUGAGCUUCCCAAGGUUGGUGAUAUGGUACAUGUCUCUUCCCUUGGGAAAAAAGUGACCGUUUUAAAAGUGGAUUCAUCCAAAGGAGAAAUUGUAGUUCAAGCUGGAAACAUGAAAUUGAAGCUUAAAGUGACUGACAUUCAAAGAUCGUAGAAGUUAGGAAAUUAUGCCUGUGGUCAUAAAUAAGGAAACUGUGUAUUGAAAUUGCUACGUUAUCCUUUGAUGUGAGAUGAAGACGUAGGUGGGAGACUUUCAGAAACUUAAGUUUCUUGAAUUAGCCGGAUGUGUCCAGAACUACAGUUUUACAAUGCCAUCAGCAAUACCAAUAAUCGGUGUGCUAAUUGUGCAAGAAUGGAUUGAAGCUGCAAAAAAAGAAAACAAACAAAUCGGUUAAUGAAAUUAAUGGGCAACUGAUGGUGCUUGCUUAGUGGAAAGAACAAUGACAUGUAUUCAGAAACAUGGUAACUAGAAAAAGGUUUAGGUGUUUUACCUUUUGUUUCCUUUUCACUUUAUUGAGACGUGGACCCUCCUUUUAGAUUUUGUUAGGUGUCCUUUAUUUUUGGUCCACUAUGAGUCAUAUGAUUACUUAACUGACCUAAUUUGUUUUUAUUGUCUGUCUAUUUUAGGCUUUUUAGCUCUGUUGUAGGUGCAAUAUCUCUGCAGCCGCUUCAAGAAGACACUAACAAAAGGUUCCUUUAAUUGAGAAAACUGCUUCCACGCCCCCCUAAAAAGCAAUUAAUAAAAAGGAAGCAUGACAAGUUUAUGUAUAAAACUUGCUUUCUUUGAACACAGUUUUGCAGUUACUACUCAGGGUCUGUUUGAUUGUGUUCUGGUUUUUUGUUCUUAAAACUGUUUUGUAAAAUAGUUAUGGAAACAGUUGUUUUCUAUACUUUUUUCUUUUUGAAAGUUAAAAACCAAAACAAAAAACAAAAACAACUCAGACAUGUUCUCUAAAUUUGAUUUUAAAAACAAAAAAACAGUUAUAGUUUUCAAAAUAUUUUUUACAAAACAGGUCUUACCAAACGAGUUUUUUUGUUUUUUUGUUCCGAAAACUAAAAAACUGUUUUACAAAACAGAAAUCAAACAGACCCUUAAGUUGUGGGUUUGCCCCCGUCAACUGUUUUAGUAAAGAUUUUUUAGUGGUAAUAUCAGGGGAAAAAGCAGUGAUUAUGGUUUUUGUAACUAGGCAUGUGACACGGUAGACCUACUGGAUUUGAGGUUUAAAAGGUUAAAAAAAAUAAUGGCCAACUUGGAGAAUAAUUACCUAAUGCUGAUCUAUUAACAAUACAAAAAUGUUGAAUUCAAAAACUUCCACCAAGUUGGUGGAACAUUAAUCCUGAAGCACUAGUGGGUAGUUGAAAGGAACCACAAGAGAGAAAGAGAAAUUGAAUUAAGAUACUAGUCAUUGUGUUUUGGGCUUUUGGCAGAUGUUAAUGACAUUUCGCAUUGUUUAAUAUUACUUAUAAUUUGU